AUCCCCAUGCGCCUGGUUUUGGGGCCGGAUUGUGGACCCCUACCCAGCCUCACCUGGUACUCCAGCUCCAUGGAGCCGUUGCCCGGCGCGCCCUGGUAGAAGCACUCCCUGCGACCGGCCGGCAGCAGGAAGGCUCUUUGGUGGCUUCCAGCCUUCUUCCCUCUCCACUUAUUUUUCUGGAUAUGCUUUCCGGCACACUCAACGAAGGAGACUCCAUUAAGAUUGCUUGUUUGGCACCCAGGCAGUACAAGGAUGCCUUGUUUUAUUUGUUCAAGGUGAGCCAUGCGGAUCCGCUGCAGGUUGUGCCUGCCGCAGAAGCACAGCACCAAGUUACUUUCCUUCUGGAGAACAUCACUCGCAGUGAUGGAGGGCAGUACAAGUGCCGGUUUGGCGUCUACAAUGGAAGUGGGUUGAAACCGUCUGAGUUUAGCAACCUCCUUGAGAUUACAGUGGAAGCAUCCAGCUUGACCACUUUUCCUCCAACAGCUCAGCCGAGAUCUGAUUCAAAAGGACCAUUCUGGGUUCUCCCUGUUGUCCUGAGUGUGGUUGGAGUACUGCUUCUGGCUGUGAUCCUGCUGGUGGCCGCGGUUGCAUUGAGACGCUUUAAAGAGAGAAGAAAGAAGCAAAGGGUACUGGACUCCUGCUGGACAGAAACAAGCUACCCCACUACAGAGACAUCAUUUGAUAACUCCGUGUACACUAUUACAAUGAAAACAGACCAGGAAGCUAUAGAGAACCACGGUGCUGGGAUCUCGUCAGCCACGAGUACAAGACUUUCAUCCCGCUGCUCUAUGGAAAAGCCAGAUUUUGUUACUUUUGGAGGUUCAGAAUGACCUUUCACUUGAUCACACGGCCCAGGGUCUCUCUGAUAAUCUUCCUCCCUUACAUCAAUACCCUGCAAGUUGUUCCUCUCAGAUCAUUAACAGAAACAGAGUUCAUUGAGCGUUUUUGGCCAGAGCCUCCUUUCUAAGUACUCUUCCACCACCAAUCACACAUGUGGAACAUGGGUCAUGUGGAGGUGGGGAAGAUGCUGCACUGAUUUAAUUCAUUUCUGGAAUUCCUGAUUUGGGAAAAGUGGGAACAAUAAGGAUGAAAAUAGCUUUGAGAGUUCUUCAGCUCUGGGACUGUGGCAAGACUGGAAAGAGAUGAAUAAAAACUGGGUGACUUAAUCUUCAAAAAUAAUGCCAUUGCCUGCACAUUUGCAUGUUUGAGACAAAAAGAACUGUUUUUUUUUGUUUUUGUUUUUAUUCUGCUGAAAACAGCAGCAUUUGGAUCACAUAUCCUCAGACUUCCUUUAAGUGCCUGCAACCGAAUGUUUUGCUCUACCUUCCAAAAACACUGGGAAAUUCAGAAUAACUUUCCUGGAUCAAAAGCAAUAGUGCAUUCUGGGGCACCUUAAAGACUAAUGAACAUAUUUCUUGUGGCAUAAGCUCUUCCUGAGAAGAAACUGGUACCUGCAGUGGCUUGCAUAAUAUUUUGCAACUCUUCCUCUGCCGGGCCAGGCAAACUGGUCCAUCAGGCAGGCUGGUCUUUCGGUCCAGCUAAGAUGGUUACUACUGAUCCUAAAUUUGCAUACAUGUAAAUUAGUCAAUUGC